AUCCGCUCUCACUCACACUUGCGCACACUCUGCGGGAAUGAGUGGGCAUACCCAUGUGUAUGUGUUUAUGUGCGGUGCGAGGCGAGUUCACACACAAACCCCGCGCUGCCUGCAGCUUUCCGCGGCUGCUCAUGUCUGCCGCUUCUAAGUGAAGCAGCGAUGGAGCACCGAGGUGGCAAAACCUGCGACAGCCCUGCUGCGCCUUCAUGGAGCCAAAAUGGCGCCACGGAGGAAGAGUAUGGAUGUCUGGACGGACCCGAUGAAGAGAAACGGGUCAAAAGCGUCUCAUGGGCCGCGAAACCCGCCGAGGAGCAGCCGAGGCUCAACUUUCACAUCCCCCGGAAGAGCAGAGAAAAGAGAGCUCUGUUUCAGUCUGUGUCUACGGACUCUAGAGAGUUUUCCGACAUUCUGCAGAUCCUCACCUCCAGCUACAAAGAUUCCUCUUCCAUGGGGAUGUUUGUGUACUCCAAACCUCGCCUUGUCCACAGUGAACCGCUGGAGAAAGAUUUCAUGGAGAAGCGAAGAGAGCUCAAGCAGGAUGGGCGCACAGAGAAAGAGCUGUCUGAGACUUUCUGUUUCCUGCUUUGUGAUACUCAAAAGGUCUCGGUGGUGUGUGAAAGAGGACUGUCUGUUGGCAGCAGCUGGAUGAGUAUGUUGGGGAAUCCAUCUAAAGGUGUUUAUCUGUGUCAGUUUUCUGAUUUACUUCAAAUCAGCCCCAUUGAGCCUGGAUUUACAGGAAACAUCAUCAUAUUUAAAGUUAUAAAGGGUAAAGUGAAAAGUGUACAUGACUCGAUGUCCAAAAGUAUGGAUCCUACACCUAAAUUUGACAGCCAUUUCUCCAAGAACUCAACCAGAGUGACGUCCUUGCAGUCAUACAGGUCAUUCGAAUACACUCAGCAAUACUUCUACGAGUAUGUGGAUUUUGAGGUUUCGUCCAGGCCAAGACACGUGUGUCCGUAUGCAGUGGUCUCUUUUUACUUCAAAGGCAAAGAGGCUUCAGUAGUGGCCUCUAAACCACUGCCUCCUCUCAGGUCCAACAGUGAGCCAUCAGGGACGAGCAAAGGUAGACGCUGUUACACAGUAUGGAGAGGGCAUUUUGUAAAUGGAGGGAAAGAUGUGUACCAGGCCAGCCUUCGAUCGCACUCUCAACCUUUCCUGCCCUACAAACUGCCAGAGAAGAUUGAAAUAGGUAAAGUCAUGAGCCUGCAGCAAGUCAAAGAGAAGAUCCCAUCUUCCCUCUUUUCCUGGAGCCUCUACACGGGCAGCCAUGAAGUGUCUAAAAGUGGCAUGUUCUGCAGUCUGUUUGACGUGGUGGAGAAAGACAAAACUUCUCCAAAGAGCCUGACUACAUUGCUGCAGAAACUGGAGGUGGAGGGUCUGGUGUUGGUCAAUAUGGUGAGGGACAGAGGCUUCCUCUUCUUGCUUUCUGCCAGUCAAAUGGCCAACUCAAGUGAUCGACGAGGUGCUUGGAAAAUGUCCUCUAUACAAGCACUUUUUAUUUACAGAGAGAAGCGUGACUGGUUGAAGAGAGCAUCGAACCCUUCUGAGAGCUGCAUACCAGUUUCGUCAGAGCACCACAGUGCUAUCAUGCCACAGCACGACUGGUUCGUCUCAGCUCUACACUGUGCUCUGAACAAGGCUCGCGGUGAACCUCCUACUGACCUCAGUGCCGCCGUUGAGCAGCAGGUUUAUGACUACCUCACGAACCUCCGUGAGGGCAAACUCCUGCAACGCUCCCGCAUUGAUUAUGACCCCAAACUGGAUGCCAAGGAGAAGUUGUUUCCCGCACCCCGGCAGAAGACCAACUGGGAGAGUUUCCUGCGGCCCUACCUCUACAAGCCAACUGUGUUUACCAUGCUCCUGGAGAGCGUGAAGAAAAAAGUGGAGGAGCUUCAGGGUCAGACGGAGAGAGCAGCUCCUCAUAACGACCCAGGAAAAGUCCAGGAGCUGCUGAAGCUCAUCCAGCUCAACAAGAAGAAUGUGAAAGGAAAGGAGGUAGAUCCAGAGACGGCAGAUGAUGUCUGCUCGCUAAAGAGGAAGGUGAAUCUUGACGCUCAUGAGGGAAGCUCAAAACGCCAGAGGAAUCAGACCAGUGCAGACUUAAGAGAAGCAGAUGACAGACAGUCCACUCCUUCCCUGGCUAAUCUUCUGAGCAGUGUCGGUCUUCAGGACACAGACCUUAGAAAGAACAAGACUCAGGGAGUGCUGAAGAUCAUGGAGAUCCUGGACUGCUUUGGAAAGACCAGCCUCGACACGGACCUGCGCAGAGACAAGAAGCAGGGGGCGCUAGAGGUCUUAAGAAUGAUAGACACCAUGACCAGAGGUGCCGCAGAGUCACCUGAAGACACCGAAACGACAGACACCACAGACAUCUCUGACUCCGCUCUGUUUGACAGCAUGUCAAGACUUGGCCUUCCUACCGACCGUGACAUCGACCUCAGGAAGAGGUUUGUGGAGGACGAGCCUGAGAGGAGCGACUGUCUGGAGGAGGAGACUGCUGGUAGUUUGAGUAGUUUAGAAGCAUUUAGCCCAUGUUCAGAUUCUGGAGGACAGCAGCGUGGCGUGAACCUGCUCGGGGAAAAGACCAUUCCAUGGGUGCUGAUUCCCAUCACAGGUCUGAAAACGGAGAGAUAUUCCCAGCGACAGAUGGACUAUCCUGAAGAUCCACGCUUUGUUCAGAGCCCAACCGUGUCCACACAUGACACACCUGACAUAAAGGACCUGUCCCCUCCCCACCAGCCAGACAGCAGUAACACUGCAAUGGAUCUGGAUGUGCAGAUGGCAGCAGAGGUUGAAGACGGAGAGCCUGUAGCUCCGGCUGUUGCCACAGAGUGUCCUGCAGAUGGUAGCGGUUUUGACCACAUUGUCGAUGAGCUCAUCUCUGAUUUCUCCAGCGAGGUUGAGCAGCUCUUGAGAGCCAAACGGAUUUAUUAUGUUUCUUGCUCCAGCACUCAGGGCUCACGAGAACUGCUCCAGACUCCAGCUGUGCCACUUUCCAGUUACGUUUCAAACUACAACACUCCGUUUCCUGUCAGUAACUACAUCAGCUCUUUUCACGACAGCCUAAUGAUGUUCAUUAACCCUCAGCAUGUCAGGCGAUAGCCCGGAGCUCAAGAAGAUGUGACUUCCUCCUCAUCUGUUGCAGAAGUUCCUUCAAAUGUCCCUGAUACAUCCUCCAGCUUUAAUCCAUGUGCUUCCAGCAACACCUUUGAACCGUCUCUUACACCAUGUUCCCCUUCUAGUGCCCUACCUGAGUCAAUGAUGCAGCAUCAUCAUCACUUAGAUUUGCUCGACUCUAAUCUCAAGCAGACACCCCAGCAGAUCUGGCCAUUACAACAGGACUCGGUGACCCAGAAGAUGCAGGAUGUGAACUUCACUGAUGAGAUGAAUGGUAGUUCAGUUGCAGAGACUACUGGAGCUGUGGAGAGUCAUCCGGCGGUGCUAGCUGAAGACGGCUCAAUGGGACACUCUCAUUCUGCUAUCAGCAGUAUCAUUGAUCAGCUGCAGCCCGAGGUGAUCAGUAACCUUGUGGAGAUCAUCAGAGGAGUUCAGAAAAACAUUGUCUACUUCUACAUCCACUCCACGGAAGAGGAGGAGAGCGAUGUCUGCUGGGAAAUUAAGGAAUAUUUAAAGAAGUUGGGGGAUUUAGAGUGUAACCCACAUGGUUUUCUUGAAAAAAGCAGCUGUCAAGACAAACUGCUGGUCAUCAUUCAGAAUAUGGACAUUGCUGCACAGGUUCACAAGAUACCUUCUCUAGUUUCCUUGAAGAAGCAUUCAUCUGUGAGCUUUGCUGGUGUAGACAACCUGGGUGACAUUCAAAACCACACCUACAAUGAGCUCUUUCACUCUGGAGGCUUUAUCGUGUCAGACGAGCACGUCCUGAACCCAGCCGCCAUCACAGCAGAGAAACUUCAAGAUAUCCUUGAGCACCUUGAGCAGCUCAACUCUCCUCAGAGCCCCUGGAGAUGGAGGGUGCACUUCAAAUCACACAAGAAACUCCGAGAGCACAGCAGGCUCAAACCUGAUGCCUUGAAACUGUUCGAGAUUCUUAAUGAAUAUGAAAAGCGACAUAUCAUUGAAAUCCUGUCGUACCAUGAGUGUGACACUCCAUCCCGUCAAGCGCCUGACCUUGAUUGUCUAGUGGAUCUGCAGGCGAGAUUCAUCAAACAACGACACAUGAUAUUUCUGACAGGCUGCCAGUUUGAGAUGUUUCCUCACUACUCCAGCAGUGGCAUCGUCAUUGCCAAUGUUGAUGACAUUAAGUUUAUAGUAAGCAGUUUAGCGGCUGGAGGAAAUGUGGACAUCGCUCCUUCGGCAGAGAUUUGCGGCACUCCCGCUCCAGUGUCAUUGAGAGACGAUAGCAUGUCCUUGGACUUGGACCUGGAUUCCCCAAAUAACCCUGUCCUGGUCUCUGUCUCACUGGAGACGCCCCAUGUUGCCCCGGAACAACGCCCGGUCUCUAAACCCUCUCUCCAGGACCAAGCCAAUCCAAUUCCUGUGAUCACAACCACCAGUGAGACGCCAAAUCCAUUAGACUUUGUGGCUCUCAGUGAAGCUAUCUCUCAUUUCAAGGCUUCCAGGAUGCUUUCCAAGCCAAAAGCCAGUGAAACACUGCAGACAUCUUUUGGAGUCGACCCUCACCAGAGCUUCCUGAGCCACAGCGAUCUGUCCAGUUCCUAUCCUCUGUGUUCCUCUGAAAACCACAGUAUGUCCAAUACUCAGCCUGAAAUUCCAGUCAAAAUUGAAUUGAUGGCUGAAUCUUCUUCUCCAGUCAAAGCCAGUCAUGAACUGGUCCAGUAUGGAGACACAGCAACUGAGAGCACCAGCAGUAUACUGAAUGUUUCCAAAGCUUGGGAGCCAUCCAGCACAAGCUCUAUGGACAUGACUAAUGCUGAACAGACGUCCAAUGAAAGCAGGAUCACAGAUAAAGCUGCAGUGAACCGUGUUGGUUCCUCUGAAGCAGCGGUCAAAUGCAGGAACAAUAGUCCCAGAGCUGGCAGCUCUACACAGGGUUUUUAUCCAGCGCUGCAGAACUUCGUGGCGGGCCCUAGGUUCAUCUCUCACAAUGCUGCUGUUGGACUUGGACAUCCACUUCUGAACAGCCUCGGAGUUGUGGGAGCUCCAGUCUUCAGAAGGUUCCUACCCAAUCCUAGCAUGCAGAUGUCCUGGAGCAGAGGUUUCGCUCAGGGCUCGGCUCCGGGCCUCUGGGGGGCGCACUAUGGCAUGGAUAUGCACCAGAUCCACCAGUCUCCAUUUCUCCAGACUUGGCAAGGAAACCCUGCCUUCAAGGGCAACACACAUCAUCCCAAUAGAGGAGGAUUCGGUGGCUGGUGAUCCAGCAGGCGACACAUGUACAUAGUUUUCAGAAACUCAUCUCAGUUCCACUUUUGUAUAGUAGAAGAGAAAUCAAAAUUUUUUAGGUUUUUCACCAAGAGUGAAUUAAAAAAGUGAUUUGUUUCAUAUUUUUGAAGAGCAUUAUAUUUGUAUUUUGCUUUUGCAUGUUGGUCGGGCUCAUAAUGUUGGUUAAUUGUCCACCUUUUGUGAAGAAGCUUAAGGCCUUGAUUUUAAUAUUAUUUUUAUAAAGCUGAUAAUAUACAUUAAACUACUUUCAAACUA